AUGGGUAAGAUAGGACAACCUAAAGCAUCCGUACCAGAAGAACAAAAUUCUGUUAAUAUGGAAAGUGAGGAUCAUUUGCAAUACGUAAACGAAUCCCAAGCCACCGCCUCGGAUAACAUAAUUUCCGGAGCGGGGGGCGAGGAUCUGUGGACGGUGAAUGACGCUCCACAGCAGAAUGGGAAUAGAGUAACAACUCCACUGCCUGGGUUAGAAGAAAGAGAUAGGGAAAGAGAUCAGAAACUGGCUCAGAUGCUCCAUGAGCAAGAGCAACAAAGAGAACUGAAAGAAAGGGAAAAGGAAAGAAUGUCAGAACAGAGGGAAAAACAAAGAGACGAAAAACUGGCUCAGAUGUUCCAUGAGCAGGAGAAAAAAUUAACGGAAAAGCUCAUUGAGCAAGAGCAGCGCAGUGAAGCAAAACUCGACAGUAUCCAAAGCGAACUUGCCGAGAUGCGGGACGCGUGCAAAGAAAUACCCGAUCUUGUGCAAAGCUUAGCCGGAGAGAUGCAAAAAUUACAGAUAUCGCAGGCUAGGCUUGAAGACAAUGUCCAGACUUUAACCAACCGCGUGGAUAAUGUGGAGAUAGAUGCACGGAAAAGUAUUGACGCAUAUUUGGAAGUGCAAGCUCAAAAAGUAGAAAAAGAAUUAAAUGAAUGGCUAGAAGUAAAGGAUCGCGAGAUAUCUGCAAAGAUUGAAAGCGAUGUAAAAACAGCUGUAGAACAAGCGACUGCGGCCGCGAGUGUAAAUAUUGACGCUAGCGCUGCCGCACUACGUGCCGAAUUAACACAGAUCAAAUCCCGUGUGACAGCGGAGUUGCCAAAUUGGCAACAGGAGGUCGCGCGGAGACUGUCUGCGUUGGAAAGCAAUGUAAACAGUGGCGGACAGAUCAUGAAUCCGACUUCGCGCACUGAUUACUAUAAUAACGCUGACGGUAGCCAGGGUGCGAGUGCGCAACCGCAACCUAAUGCGAAUUAUGAGCACGAACAACAUGCGAUACCGUGCAGCGCACAUCACGAAGUGAUGAAUGUCCCAGAAUAUAUGAAAACCGAAAACAAGUGGAACCAUGCAGGCUAUAAUCAACACAAAGCCGAUUACAAUAGCAGCCAUAGUAACGGUAGUAACUUAGUACCAAAUGGUAACGGGAAUAGGCAAGAGCACCGGCAACAGAAUCAAGGCACAAACAAUGGCAAUGGUUAUAACGGCAACGGUUAUAAUCGUGAAAAUCGAAAGAGACAUCAUGAUGGACGCAUGAGUAAUGGAUAUAAUGGUAACGGCAAUCCGCAAUGGCGGAACAACCGAAACCAGUGGCGUGGUCGUAACGAACCGACACCACAGUGGCAACAAAACACAGCGCCACAAUGGAACGCCAACCCAGUUACAACACCAGAAUGCAACAGUCCACCCUACUCACAAUAUGACAAGCUCCUUAUCUUUCCAAUUCCUUUCUCAAGAAGUGCUCUAAUUACAUUAGUAGACAUCAUUGUCAAGAGCUAUUUCUUCAAUUCACUCCCACUCAUUAUUGGCAUGUCUAGAUGCACUAAUGUUAAGGUUAAAUUUUGUCCACUUUCAACAUCUCUAUGUUAUCAGCCUAAAUUUGGGCAUUAUUUCAUUAAUCCUUGCCUCCGGAAGUUGAUAACCAGACAUCUUACAAUAGCUUCUUCAAGGUCUUUAGAUUCUUGCACUUAA